AUGCGUUUCGUCAACCUCAUCACCGUCUUCGUUGGUCUCGCUGCCGCUGCGCCUGCGCCUGCUGUUGCACCUGUUGCUACGCCCACUAAAGAUGAUAUGAUCGCCGUCACGACUGCAGCUCCUACCGCCUCUGGUGAUCCCGUCACCUACUGGUCCGCCAGCCCUGAAUCGGUCAAGGUCUGCGAUGAGGACACCUACGUCGGCCGCGAGAGCCCCAAGGAGAUGAAGCGUGCCAACUACCGCGACUGCGCUGCACUGCUCUCCAGCUUCGGAUCCCGCAACGGCACUUUCUUCGUCCCCCGCGCUUGUGAAGACGACGGCGAGUAUGGCCUCAAAGACGGCCACGUCGACAUCGUCAAAUCUGGCUCUUGUGCGUUUUCCGUCCGCGCCGAUGCGGGAUUGAUGGUUGGUGAUGAGGACAUCGUCUGGAUCAUGCGAAAGGCCGUUCUCAACAACUCUGAUGGUAUGGAGAUGGCAGCUCGUGGUUCUGUCCAGUGUAAGCCUGAAGAGGGCAGGAGGAUGGGUGGUCUCUACUGGGAGAUCCACGGGAUUGAGUCAACUGGUUAUUAA